AUGGUGAAAAAAUCUUACAAGCUUCCCAAUUCCAGUGCUUCUGCUUCUGGCACUGCUGCUGCUGUUGCUCCUAGAUCUGACAUGCCCAAUAACACCUCCACUCAUCAGCAAGUGCUGCCUGCUACUGCUGCUGCUGCUGCUUCUUCUUCUGGGCCUAAGAGGGGACGUGGAAGACCCCCUAAGCCCAAGCCUGAUUUCCAGCUUCCUUCUCAGCCCAAUGACAUGCCCAAUGUCGAAUCCGGCUCCCAACCCGUUUUGGCUGCACUUGGUCUUGUCCAGGACGCCGAUCCGGCAAAAGGAAGCCCUGUUCCUCCUCCAAAGACACUGUCUGUGGAAGGUGGUAGUGCGAAGCGCCGGGGUCGGCCACCAAAGAGUGGUUCAGGGAAACCCAGGAAGCCCAAGUCUGUGGCUCAAGCCUCUCUGGUAGGCUCUGCUGGACUCAAGAGGGGUCGUGGUCGUCCCAGGGUGCAGCAUAUGGGGUCUCCAUUUAGACCACGGGGACGGCCGAGGAAGGUCGGGGCUGAAGCCAUCGGUCUCGCUGGAGGAGUGAUGCCGGGAAAGCGGCGUGGACGGCCACCGAAGAUUGGCGGGGUUAUUAGCAGGCCCAUGAAGCCGAAGAGAGCAUAUGAUAUGAAAUGA